UUCAGCUGACAACGACACACGUCUCGAACAAAGAAUUACAAGUCAAACGAUUUUAAUUAUUUUGAAAAGCAAGUCAACAAAAACUAGUCGAAGUUUUAAUAAAAAUUCAAUCCCACUAUGGAUUUCGGUGCAUUGUUGCACUUUGCCAAAAAGAACAACGAUGCAGCCACAAAAGAAGAGCAGGGCAAAUACUAUAGCACAAAGUAUGCACCGCCCAAAAAGGAGAGCAAGGAGAGCAAACAGCUGUCGAGCAACAUACAGAAGUUCCUGAAGAAGCGUGAAGCGGAGGAGGCCGAACGCAAGCGACAGGAGCGCGAGAAACUGAACAGUUUGCUGGCGAUGCGUGACGAGAAGUCAAAGAACAAGAUACGUAAAAUGUUAAAAGUAACGAAGUCAGCUAACAAAUCGGUACUGGAGGAUGCCAAGGACUGUGAUAAUUCUGCACUGGACGGUGCUGAUCAGCCGGAGGGCGAUGAUUAUGGCUACGUGUCGACAGAGGCGAACGCCUUCUAUCAGAAAUAUAUUGAGAAGGUGAAGGAUGUGCAGGAGGAUAAGGGCUUUGCGCCCAGCCGGCCACAAUCUCUGCGAGAUCUGUCCGGGACCAAGGAGCGUGUCAAGGCGGCGAUUACACGCGAGCGUGAGGAAGCCAAAACGCAUACGAGGCAACGCAUUAGCCAUGCGACACCGCGCAGCGACAAGGAGUCGCCGGUGGUGCGUGCCUACAGUACUGGGGACAAAAAGCUCUACGAUCCAGAGGCCGAGCGACGAGACGAGGAGCGCAAGAAGCGCGAGGAGGAGCAGAAAAAGGCCAAGGUCAAGCGGCCGCCACAACCGCCGCCCAUGGACUUUCAGGCGCUGCUACGUCUGGCUGAAAAGAAACAGCACGAGCCCGUCAAUAUUGCCAUCCCAGAGAAGAAGAAGGAGCCGGAACGGUUGCUCUCUGCGCGCGAGAAACGUGAGCAGGAGGAGCGACAGCGUUGGAAGGAGCAGCGGGCACAACGCGAUCGACAACGUGAAACGGAAGCCAAGGCCAAGGAGCAGCGUAAAGAGAAUGGCGCCAGCCAAGCAGCUCGCAUGGCGCCCAAUGGACGAAUACCAAAGCUGAACAAAGCGCCCACAGCGACGGCUGUUGCUGCCGCUGCAGCUUCUGCUCCUCCUGCUGCUGCUACUGCUGCCAGUGAAUCCAAAGUCAAACAUACUAGUGAUAGCCUCAAGAGGCCAGCGCCAACAGCGCCCAGCAGCUCCAGCGCCAAAGUCAGCGCAAGUACAAAGACAACAAAUGGCAGCAGCAGCAGCAGCAGCAACAACAGUGCCAAGCGACCGCCAGCAGCUGCCGCUGCUGUUGCUGCUACACCUACACCUACUACUGCCAAGAGCAGCGGAACUGUGCAAUCUCGUAAUCCCUAUGCGGCAGCCAAUAAGAGUGGAGCGACACGCGAAUUUCCGCCAAGAGAGCCAUCCAAAACGCGUGCAUUUCCACCGGCGGAUGUACACCGUACGGCGCAACGUAAGGCAGUCGGCUCAGGAGGAGCCAGUGGAGGCGGAGGAGCUGCGGCGUCGGCACGCCGCCCAGCCUCAACCGCUGGUGCGGGGCGCAAGCCAGUGGAAGCGAGCAACAAAAGACGCAUUUACGAUGAUGAUGAUUCGGAAUAUGACUCCGAAUUGGACGACUUCAUCGAUGAUGGCGACUGCAACGAGGAUAUAUCAUCGCAUAUACGCGAUAUCUUUGGCUAUGAUAAGCGGCGAUAUCGCGAUCUCGACGAAGACGACGCUCAAAUGGAGUCCAGCUUUGCUCAGGUGCAGCGCGAGGAGUUUAUUAGUAAGAAAUUAGGUUUACAGGAAGAUCUGGAGGAUAUGCGUAUGGAGGCGUUGCAUAAAAAGCGAAAAAUGGCCAAAAAACGUUCGUCACGCAUCGAUGACUAAGAAGAAACGCCUUAAAACUUAACAAGAACUCAUGUCUGUGCAGCGGCUGCAACUGUGGAGGAGCCUCCGCAUCUUGCCGCCACCCCAUCAUCUUAGACACGCCUUCGAAUGCCCCCGCUCAAUUUGGAACUGGUGCUCUGGACUUCCACCUAGGCUUACAAUUUAUUUUGUGCAGGCGUCGGUUUUUUAUUAACUUUCCUUGUUAACUUUUUUAAUUUAAUUAAUUAAUUCUUGUUUGUCUUCUUCUUACUUUUUUGUUUUAAUACCUUAAAUCGGAGCCGUAGCUUAGUGGAAGUAAGACCAAAAUUUAUAUACAAAAAAAAAGAAAAGGAGACUAGAAUGUAAAUAUCAAUGUCAUAUUUUUGCUAAGCCACUCAAAUCUAUUGUAUAUUUACAGUCCAAUUGAAUAUCUCAAUUUGUUUUUUAUACAUUUAUGAAUCCCGUUCAAACAUAUAAAUGUAAACUGUUCCUACAUACGAGUUUAUAUAGACGGUGACAUGGAAAGCCUUUUUUGCUACUACAAAUGCUGUAAACAGUGUAUAUAUAGUAUAUAGUCUAUAUCAUAUAUAUGUAUGUGAUAUGUAUACAUGAUCAAUGUCAAACAAAACUGCACUUUAUUUAAGGCUCUUUAGCUGGAUAGGAAACUCAUAGACUUUACUAGGACCUUGCUCCAUAUUAGAGUUCACGGCUAGUAAAGCGAGUAUAUUGGGUUUUGGGCAAUCUGUGCCUGUCUUUUAUAGCAACAAUUGGGUAUAUAAAGUUAUGCGUCUCCCUCAACAUAAUCUGCAAAUAACUAGAGCCUUAUUGAAGUGAUUUAUAUACUCAAGGAUAACAUAUAUAUAGUCCACAUAGCUACGUCCAUUGAGGUCUUUAUUAAUGGGGUAAGACUGUAUCAGCUAUAACCCCUAGCAACUAAGUUUCUCUUGAACUCUGCCACAAGUUUUUAUAUAUGUAUAUAGACAAUAAGUCUUAUUAAUCAUUUAUAGAGCCCAGGGU